UGUACAUGUACGUUACAAGUGCAUAUGCGUAAACGCGGUACGGUUGAUAUAUGCGCACGGAACUGUGAUGAACGUUUAGGUCACCUACGCUCGAGCUCCAAGACACCGAAACUGCUAAUAUAUCCCAAAAUUACAACUUUUGUACUUCCGCCAUGUGCUAAAUUCCUUUGUCUUUGAGUGGGCCGCAAUACUGGCAUCGUCAUCGGACUCAGACAGCGGUGGGUUGUCUCCUCCACCGGUGAAAAAACAACGCCUUUCUGCCGCCGCAAUGCAAUCCAACUCGACCGCAGCGGUGCACAAUGGAGACGCGAGCGUACUCAACAGCAACGGGGCCAACAUGGCCCCCGAACCGGUCAUCAGCAAUGGUGUGGAAGCGGCCAGUGCAGCCGGAUCGUCCUCCUCUGCCGAAGGAAUUUCCCGCAAUCCUCGCGCCAAGCAGUUGUCCCAAUGCGACAGAGACAUUGUGAGACUCAUAGGGCAGCAUUUGAAGGGAUUAGGCCUGACUCAAACUGUAGAGCAGCUGAUGAUCGAAUCAAAUUGUCGGCUCGAAGACCCCUCAGCCUCCAAGUUCCGAGCCCAUGUCAUGGCCGGAGAGUUCAACAAGGCAGAGGAAGACUUGGAGGAACUCAAACCCCAGAUGACAUGCCCUCAGAGCCUGAUGAAGAUGAAGUUCCUGCUUCUCGAGCAGAAGUACCUGGAGUAUCUGGAGGAGAGCCGAAUCCUGGAGGCACUGCAGUGCCUCCGCCAGGAGCUGACGCCCCUCAAGUUCAACACCGAGAGGGUCCACGUGCUGAGUGGAUUUCUGAUGUGUACAAGCAAAGAAGAGCUCCACAGACGAGCGGAUUGGGCAGGGAAGGGCCACGCCUCCAGGACAAAGCUUAUGGAGCAGCUCCAAACCUUCCUUCCUCCAUCUGUUAUGCUACCACCGAGGCGGUUAUACACCCUUCUCAAUCAAGCUGUAGAGCUUCAGAAGCAUCGGUGUCCCUACCACAACACCACCAUCAAGAAUGAUGACUCCCUUCAAUCAAUUUCACUCCUGCACGAUCAUAUAUGUAGUCGGAACCAAUUUCCAUCGAAGUGCAGGCAGGUGGUGCCCGACCACUGUGACGAGGUGUGGUUCUGUAAGUUCUCACCGGAUGGCACCAAGCUGGCCACAGGAUCCAAAGACACGACUGUCAUCAUUUGGGACAUUAAUCAGGAUACAUUAGAGUUGAAAGCCAUAAAAACGCUGGAGGGUCAUUCUUACGGCGUCUCCUUCCUAGCCUGGAGUCCAGACUGCAAGUAUCUCAUAGCCUGUGGUCCAGAAGAAUGCUCGGAAUUGUGGGUCUGGAACGUAGAGACAGGGGAGAGCAAAACCAAAAUCAGUCAGUCGCCGGAGGACAGCUUAACGAGCGCCUCCUGGAAUGCAGACAGCAAACGCUUUGUCACGGGAGGCAAUCGGGGACAGUUUUAUCUGUGUGAUUUAGAUGGUAAUGUCCUAGAAUCCUGGGAAGGUGUCAGAGUGCAGAGCCUGUGCAUCAAGGGGGACACUAACGUUGUACUGGCUGCUGACACACACAACCGCAUUAGGGCCUAUAACUUUGAAGACCUCACAGACCAACAUGUUAUCCAGGAGGACCAUUCCAUCAUGUCCUUCACCAUCAGCUCCAACCAGCGCCAAGCCUUGCUGAGCGUGGCCUACCAGGGUGUCCAUCUCUGGGACAUCAAGGACAAAGUGCUGGUCCGGAAGUUCCAGGGUGUGACCCACGGCUUCUACACUAUCCACUCCUGCUUUGGUGGGGUCAACGAGAAGUUCAUCGCCAGCGGUAGUGAGGACAAUAACGUUUACAUAUGGCACGUCAAGGAUGAGAUGCCUAUUGCAGUACUGCAGGGUCACACACGGACCGUCAACUGCGUAGCCUGGAAUCCAGUGCUUCCCAACAUGCUAGUCAGUGUCUCUGACGAUUGCACCAUCCGUGUCUGGGGACCAGACGAGUCAGAGGGCGAUGGAAGCACAGAAGUAUGAUGUAAACCUUGGGGGAGUGGCUUAGCUCUCCAAAUGGACGAACGUCACAGUGAAGGCAUUAUCCUCGGAACUUUUUGAGAACUUGUGUCCUGUGUUUUUUAUAUAAUUGAUACAGUAGUGUUUUUUUAGUCGGUGAAGUGGAAGCGCUAACAAGGAAUUGACUUGACAUGGAGACGUGACCUUGGAGAGUGCCUAAGGUGUUAAAGAGUGUUUUUUUUAAAAAGGCCAGGAUUUGUGGAUUGACAUGUCAUCACUGGAUCUGGUGUUGUGCAUUGCGAGAACUUCUUUUGCUCGAGGAGUUUUUCAACUGCUGGUGUUACCUGGCUACCCAUGCUGCGCGGUAAACGGACUUUGAAAACUGGGGAAGCGGCUCGGCUGAUGUCUGAGUCUGAACAUUUUCUUUCAUGUGACUUGGAGACUAAGCCAGAUAUUGACUGUUUUGGAAUGACAAGAUUAAUAUGCAGAGUGACACAAUUUUCUACAGUACGUGACUGGUUUGGAUGCACCACUUUCUUUUCCACCACACUACCAGCCAGAAUGCCUGUCUUGAGUUUUUCCCUACACCAGCAAUUAACGCUGUUAACGUUUGUGCUUUUGUGCUGCUGAAACCGGAAGUGCACUACUAAAACUGGAAGCUAUUACAUAAUGCAUGGUGGAAUAGUCGGGCCGUGUCACGUGACUCUGAGUAACCAUUCCCCAGUGGUCAGCAAUCCAACUUGAGUCUGCAAACACUGUCUUCAACUACGUGUAUGUGUUCUCCGUGAAUAGUCUAGGUAGAAAUGUGUGGACACGCAUUGCAUUCACGUCUGUCUCGGGUUGUUCGUGUGACUUUUUCUAGGGCACAUCAAAGAAACUCGCGCCCUCUACAGCUACAGGUUAAUCAGGAUAAACAAACAAACCAAC